CGCAAUUCACAUUUCACCUGCAGUACUGAGUGUUUCUUCUGGGUCUGACGUCACCAUACACGCCAUCCUGUUACAGAAUAUUACUGAAAACCAGUAUCUUAGACAGAGCAACUAGACUGAGCAUUAUUAUCACACAGGCGGUCCAGCCAGCACCUAUUAUUGGACUGUAAGCGAGUUAGUGAUACUAUGCCGAAGUGGGGGUCUGUAAUUAUUUGUAGUACUGGUAGAAUAUGAGAAUUGGUUAUAACUGUAAAUAACUUUUACAGUUGGAAAUAUAUAAAGACAAUAACCAAAAAUCGAUCAUGAGACUUUCCCUGAUGACAUGUAAUUUUAUUCAGCCUUUCCCCAGCGAGAUAGCCAGUGACAUGACUUUCACAGAAAUCAUCUGUGUGGUGCAUGUACAGCUAUGGCCAAACGUUUAGCACCCCCUAUAGAAGGAACGUGUUUAACCUGCUGAAUAAUGUGACGUUACCAUACUGAAUUACACUCCGCUUUGUAGUUUUUCAUCUAAGUAACAAAAAAUUGACAUUUGCAAUAUCAUUUUAUAGUUUCCUUGAUUACAUGAUGUUAAAUAAAAUAUCUAAAUGCUUGCUUUUUUUUUUUUUUUUUUUUUUUUUUAAUUAUGUCUCAUUCCUAAAAAUUAUAGGAGAUGCAACAAUUGUGUCCCUAGCUGUAAGGGUCGGUGUGUGUUUUUGUAUUUCAGAACGGAUAUUUUAAUUCUUUUGUAUUUGCAGAUAGAGAUGCGUGUGCUGGUCCCAUUCCUGUGUGUCCUAAUUAUUCUGUCUGCUUCAAUACCCUGGGAGUGUCUACUGUCUGUGCUGGCCAGGGUUCAAAUCAACAGGGAAACCCAAUUUUACAGAAAUAGGGACAUUCUGUAAUGAUAAGAGUACUGGAAUAUGGAAUCAAAAUUACCAACAAGUUAUUAUUAUUAUUAUUAUUAUUUAGGGGUUGAUUUGUGCCAGAUUCGGAACCUGUUUGUCCGGCCCGAAACCCCCUCCUCAAGCUGAUGAGAACAUGAAGCAUAUAUGGAAGCUAAAUCAAGAUCUGUAUAUGGGGUCCAGAAACAAAAAUGCUCUCCCUGUUCCUUAAUGAUAAGACCUUACAAAUGUAAAACAUUUUACAAGGGUUAUACUUUGCCAUGGUAUUUUUCAAAAGCAGACUGAAAAAUCAAAUCAAUCAAAAGACAUGUGUGUUUUGAAUGUGUGUGUAUGUGUGAAUCUGCACCAUCUCUACCCCUUGUGAACUAAAAGAGGAUGUGUGCCUCCACAUCUGUGUUAACUUUUACACGACUAAUGUUUCUAGCAAUGUCACGCUUUGACAAGAUCUCAAAUAUGAAAAUGCUAAAGUGAUGAGAAUUCACUUCACGGGGCUCUGAAAAAAGAAUGUUUUUUUCCUCUAAUUUUUCUGUAGAAAUAAAUGAGUGUAAAGAGAACCGCACCCUCUGUGGUCAGAAUGCUUGGUGUCUAAACACAAUUGGAAGCUACAGCUGCUCCUGCAAGACAGGCUUCAGGUCCAGUUCUGGGCAGGAGAUCUUCAUGGACGGACAAAGCAGCUGUGCAGAAAUAGAUGAGUGUAAAGAGAAGCGCACCCUCUGUGGUCAGAAUGCUUGGUGUCGAAACACAAUUGGAAACUACAGCUGCUCCUGCAAAACAGGCUUCAGGUCCAGUUCUGGGCAGGAGAUCUUCAUGGACGGACAAAGCAGCUGUGCAGACUUUGAUGAGUGCGCCCAAAACCCCUGGCUCUGUGGUCCGAAUGCACAAUGUACCAACACUGUCGGCAGCUACACCUGCUCCUGUAAUCCUGGAUUAUUUCCUAACACUGGAUUGGAAUGGACACUCAAUCAAACACGGUGUGAGUACUCUCCUCAGUACACCCACUAUGAGCUGAGAAUGCUGCAGGUUUAUAUGCAGCAAGUGGCUGGUGUUUUAAGCUCUGCUCUGAACGACACUUCCUUGUGGAAUAACCUGAACAUGGAAGAGAAGUCUGUUGCAGCUGAAUCAUACCUGGACACCGUAGAGAGGGCAGUGCUGCAGUUGACUGAGCCUUCAGACAUUCUGUUAAGGAAAAAUGUGCGCUCAGCCAAUCUAGGUCAGAUAACAGUUGGGUUUGUCUCAUACACUGGGAUGGAGUCUGUCUUGGAUGGGAGUUUUUACAAGAAUCAACCAUCUCUCAAGUUAAACUCACAAGUGGUUACGGUUACUAUAGGCAAAAAUCACCACAAACUUUCAGAGCCAGUGCAUUUAACCUUCCAUCACAAUGAGGAGGUGAAGAGACAACUCAAAAAAGAAAAAAUAAUGUUAAGCAAAACCAAAGAGGAAGAGGUGAUAUGUGUCUACUGGAAAUACGAAGGGAAGGAAAGCUCCUGGUCCACAGAAGGCUGCAGAGAAUUACACUCCAACCAAACACACACUGUGUGCAGCUGUGACCACCUCUCCAGCUUCGCUGUAUUAAUGGCACUAGAUGAAUCACAGAUGCAAGAAAAUGUUGCCUUGACAGUGAUCAACCACAUUGCAGUGAUCGCAUCCCUGGUCUGCCUCAGCCUGGCUAUCUUUACAUUUGUAUUCUGCUGUUCGAUCCAGAAAGCCAACACCACCAUUCACCUGCACCUGAGUGUCUGUCUCUUCCUGGCUCACUUCCUGUUUCUAGUUGGGGUGUCCAGAACAGAAAAGAAGGUCUUGUGUGCUGUCAUAGCUGGGCUCCUGCACUACCUCUUCAUUGCCAGUUUUGCCUGGAUGUGCCUGGAGGGAGUGCAACUCUACCUGCUGGUGAGAAACCUGAAGGUGGUGAAGUACAGCAGCAGGCAGGGGCUGCGAAGGAGGUACCUGCUGCUGGCUGGGUACGGCUCUCCUGCUCUCAUCGUGGCUGUGUCUGCUGGAGUCUUUCCAGAGGGGUAUGGGACCAACACAUUUUGCUGGCUGAGUCAUGACAAAGGAUUUGUCUGGAGUUUUCUUGGUCCUGUUUGUUUCACAAUUGCUGUAAACACCAUUCUCUUCACUGCAAUUCUCUGGACUUUGAGAUCGAAAAUGUGUGCCCUCAACACAGACGUGUCCAAAGUGAAAGACACCAGACUGCUGACUUUCAAAGCCAUUGCGUACUGUUUCAUCAUGGGCUGUAGCUGGAUCCUGGGAUUCUUUCAAGGAUUGGAGUUCUUCAGAUUUGUGUUUGUCAUUAUUAACUCACUGCAGGGUCCCUUUAUUUUCCUGGUGCACUGUGUACUAAAUCAGCAGGUGAGAGUGGAGUAUAGGAAAUGGUUUGGACGCAUCUACAAACAGAAAGACAGCUCAAAACUUACAUCUUCUGCAGUUCCAAUGGAUAACCUAACGAGUGAAACCACAGCAGAGAGCAAUAACUGCGGCACUGCGCGCAGAGGAGUACGUGUGCAAUGGAAUGAAGAAAGUCAAUAGACAUCACUGUUAAAGAAUGGGUGCCUAUGAGGAGGGAAAUUGCCCCUCUAAAAUGCAACAUUUACAUUUUGGCUAAAAGGUUAUAAACUUAGGUUUUCUAUAUUUCUGAUAGGCAAAGAGAAUGAGAUACAAACAGGUGUUGUGCUGGUCUUCCAGCACGCGUAGCAUUUGUUUAUAUUUUUAGUUUUUAAUUAUUUUCUCCUUCUCUCUCUCGUUCUCCACUGC